CUCUCUCCUCGUCAUUUUUUAUUUCCUUCCUCACAUAUAUGUGUCCAACGGGACACUCUUUAAAUAACACAUCGUGAAGACCCUAAACUUUCCACUUUACUUCAAAUCAAAACAAAACCGGAAGUUUCUCAAAAAGUACUCUCAAACACAAACACAAACCCAAAGAAGAAAAAAAAAACAGUUUCUCAAAAUAAAAAUGGCAGAUUGGGGACCAGUGGUUAUUGCGGUGGUGCUAUUCGUUCUUCUUACACCAGGCUUACUCUUCCAAAUACCCGGCCGCGGCCGUAUCAUUGAGUUUGGUAAUAUGCAAACCAGUGGCGCCGCUAUCGUCGUACACGGGAUCAUUUACUUUGGUUUAAUUACCAUCUUCCUUAUUGCUAUUGGUGUUCACAUCUACGCUGGUUAGCUUUACUUUGUUGAUUUCAUGUAAAGUAGAUUUGAUUCCACUGAAUAUUCAAAACAAUGUCAAGUAGUAUUAUUAUUGGAAGCUUUGAAAGAUUUAUUAAAUGUAUUGUUAUUUUGCUUUUGGAUCUA